AAAAAACGUCUAGAGUUAUCCUAGGUUAACUUUGGGCAAACGAACCAGGAAGGUUUGAAAAAAAAAAAAAAUUGAAUUUGGGGGUGCCAACUUCACAUAACCAGAAACCGGGCUCUGAGAAAUAAGGCCCCAGGAAAUAUGGAUCCAUACCAAACAAAAUGAAAAAAGGCCAAAUUUUUUUUUAUUCAUAUAAAUGAGUAAAAAGAAAUACCUAAAAAAAGAGGUUGUCUGUAAAGCCGGUUUACGGACGAUGAUUUUACGUGAUAACGUCGUCAGAAAACAGGUUGUGUGCUUUUGUUUAAAAUGAGUCAAUUGAAGCGUUUACUUAUUUUAAACAAUCAUAAUUUACAAGAAAAAGCUAAAAAAAAAUACCUUUUUUAUUUUCUCAUUGUAUUAAUUUUUUUAUUUUAAAAGCUUACAAAAAAAUUAUUCAAUAUAAAAGCCAAGUAUUUCUUCUUAAGAAUAAAACCAUUUUUAAAUCUUUACAAUGCGCAAAAAGUAUAAAAAUAAUUUAUUGAAAACAAUCAUUUUCAUCAAAAAAAGCAAAGAAAACCUAUAAUUUUAUCUUCGCACGUUAUUGAAUCAAUUUUUUUCAAUGACAACCUAUAAAAAAUUUUAUACCACCAAAGCUUAUUGUCUUAGCUCAAAAUAUAUAUAUCGAUCAGGUCUAUGAGACAUCUACAAAAAGAGCUAGAAUUUUUUGAACUCCAUGUAUUUUCAUCAAAAAAAGCAUAAAAAACAUUAAUUUUUAUGUUCUCAUGCUAUAGAAUCAAUUUUUUUCAAUGACAAACUAUGUCCAAUUUUAUAUCAUGUGAAAGCUUAUUACUUCACCUUUCACAUGAAGGUUCAAUCUUAUUUUUGUGAUGCCUACAAGAAAAGUUAGAAUUUUUUAAAUUCAACCAUAUCGAAUUUCCAGACUGAGAUUACGGUACUUCCUACACUGGUGACUGUUCAUGUGGCAACAGAUCUCCACUGGUGUUUUGAGGUUUUCCGCAAGUUUCUUGAUUUAACAUUGUGUAGCUUGUAGUUAGUCUACCGUUAUGUGUGAUAUACCAAAUGAAAGGUAAUUGUAUCAGGAUGCUUAUAAAAGUAAUAAAAUUUCUAUCUGCUCUUGGUCAAAAGUUAUAACCUGUUGAAUUCUAAAAUUUUAUUUUACCGUUAUCUCAAAAGUGUGUUUACGAAAAUGAUUGAAACUUCGCACACAUAUAGUCGUAGUCAUGGUCUAUCAUUACUCCAUAUACUUUACUCCUGUAUCUAUUAAAGAAAAAAAGAUAAAAAUAAAAAACGAUGAAAAUCGGUUAAAAACGGUUAAAAACUGUUAAAAAACGUGUUUUAUAAAAACUUGUUUCUUCCGUUAUUCAGUCAAAACUCACUAAACGAUUCCAAAUUUUUGCACAUGUAUGCAUUAGGCCAAAACCUACAUGUCAUAUAAGUUUGAGAUUUUUUGAACGCUCCAAAAAAAAAAAAGCUAAAAAUCAAAAAUUACCCAAAAAUACCCCUAAAAAACAAGGUGUUUUUCAAAAAUUCAUAUUUUGAAACGCAGAGCGUUGGAAAAAAAUCCGUAUCAGACGCCUAACUUUUUUUUCCCUUAUCUUUCACCUGGCAUCUUUAGAAUUGUCAAAAAAAAAUUUUCUUUACCCAAAAUCAUCAUUUUGUCAUAGCACCAACACGUGUACAACGUUCAAACAAAACGUUAUAGCUUAGUUUCAAAAUUUUUAAGAAUUUUUUCUUAAAUGCAGUUAUUCUUAUAUUAAUCUCAUCUAUCUAUAGCAAAAAAAUCAAUUCUCUACGACUUCGCGUUUAGAUUUUAGCCCAUAUUUCAUCUUUCCGUUUUACCCCUGUUUACCCUAUUAAAUGACAGAAUUUUUAAAAAUCCUUCAUUUGGAUUAAGCUUUUGGUUAUUAUCUUUCAAUUAAGCUAUAGAAGAUUUUUGUAUCUCUAAUAGUUUAUUUUUAAUUUUGAAUUGAAAUUUUUGAGCGCACUGCGAAAGUGCGAGAGUGUAACGUUAGAAAAUGGCGUCACUUUUUUGUGGUGGCUGCCAUGGUUCAUCGAUAUUUAAGACGUUAUCACGUCAAAAAAUUACUUUUAUGUGUCUUUAAGUCAUUUGAAUUUUUUGGUUUGGUAUUGUUCCGGGAACACUUUUUUGGUGAUAUUAUAUGAAAUAAAAUAUAAAUAAAAACUAACAAACAUAUUUUUCUAGUAGCAUAAUGCUCAUUAUAUAAGUCGGUUAAUGAGACAAUACCUUUCAUUUAAUGAUUAAAAAUGUUUAAAAAAAAAUGUCCUAGAAUUAAAAUUUUCCACCUCCUUGGUUUUGUCUCGUAUUUAAUUUUUUCUUAAAAAAAAAAAAAAAUCUUUUCUUACUGGGCUAUAUUAAUAAAUAUUUCUAGAAUGAUAUUUUUGUAAUUUAUUUUCAUAUUACGUGGCGCUGUACAGUGUAAUACAAAAACCUUUUACACAUCAAUUAUUUUGAUAGCAGUAAUAAUCUUUUCAAAAAGGAUUUCAAUAGGUACAAAAUUACACAAUUUGGUCGCAAAAUUACUGAUAAAGUAAAGGGUAUUUUUAUAAAAAUUAAAAACAAAAAGCAGUGUUAUUGUUUUAGUUCCAUUUCAAUUUUCAACUUGAUAACACCACUUAGAAACUACUAUACAAUGAUGUUAUUAAGUAUUUUCAUAGUUUGGUUACAAUUGUAUGGGGUUCUUGCUGGAUAUUUUGAAAUAACACAACUUAUUGAAAAAGUUCACAACCUAUCAGAUUCAGCUGCAGUUUAUUUUGUUGGAGUUGAAGAUGAAUUUUUGGCUGAUUUUAUGAAGACACAUUCUUCAAUACCUAUAUCAAUUUUCUCGUCAAUAUCAUCUGAUUUUAUAUACUUCACCAAUACAAUAUUGGUAUUUCAAGAUCCUGCAAACGUAAAUGUCAAAAAUACAUCUUUAUUAAUAACUAAACUUUUAGUCAGAAAAUUCGUCAUCGUGAUUGCCAGUAAUAUUAACACAUUAAAUCAAUACUUUUUCUACUUUAAAGAACACAAUUUUACAAGAAUUUUCGGAGUCAGCGGUGACAUCAGCUACGCAUUUCUUCCUUAUGCAAAAAUUCAAAUUCAACAGCUGAUAAGAACUGACCCAUUUCCAGAUGCUAUGAAAGAUUUAAAUGGAUUUGUAUUUCGAACUGCUAUUCAAAAGGAUGUUCCAAGAACAAUUCAGUAUCCCGAUAAAAAUGGUCAAAAUCGAAUUGGAGGAAGCUUAGCACCAGUAUUUGUAGAAUUUCUUAAAAGAUUCAAUGCAAAAUUUGAAGAAAUUCUAAUCAACAAUAGUUCAGAAUUGAAUAUGCCAGGAUUGUUUAAUGCAACCAUAAACCAUGAAAUUGACAUAAGUAUGAAUACGUAUUUGCCACAUGAAGGUCUUGAAUUGAGUUAUCCGAUAACAGUUUUAGACUACGUUAUAAUGGUUCCUCGAAAUGGCUAUUUGGAUCCAUAUGACUACUUUCAAAGACCAUUUUCGGUCACGGUUUGGUUGUGUAUUGGACUAACUCUCCUCUAUAUAACAAUUAUAAAAGUUAUCCUUGACAUCUGUCAAGGAAAUUCGGAUCAUUGGAGUUGUUUUAGUGAAACUUUUUUGAAUUUUCUAAAUUUGCCUACAGAAAGGCCCAUAACUUUUGCCUAUCGCUUACAUUUUCUUGUUUUGAUUUUUUCCUUCGUCAUUGGACAACUCUAUAAUAUUUAUUUCACAUCAUUCCUUACAGUUUACAUCCCAAUAAAGCAGUUUGAUACAGUUCAAGAUAUGGUAGAUAAAAAUCUUCAACUUUUAAUGGCAGACUAUGAAUUUGAUAGAAGACCUAACUUUUAUCCAGCUGGUUUGGCAAAUCUUAUAGUACCAAUUUCACAUACAGUACAAUUGCCUCAAAUGUACUCAAUGAGAAAUACAAGUUAUGCCUAUGCUUUAGGAGAAGAUAGAUGUCAAUUUCUUGUUCAGUGGCAAAUAACUUUAAUUGGAAGAAGUCUAUUUCGAAGAGCUCGACAAAGUAUCAAGUUUUAUUAUUUAGGAUUUUUGUUGGCUUUUCAUUCACCAUUUAAAGAAAUUUUAAAUAAUUUUAUAAUUGAAAUUCAACAAACUGGUUUGCUGAAAAAAUGGAACUCGGAAACAGUUUGUCAAGCUAAACAAAUGGGUUUUAGUUUGAAUGUGACUAGGAAUGACAAUGUGCAGGAUAUGAAUGUUUAAGAAAUGGAUCAACCCUUAAUGUUAAAACAUUUACAAUUUGCGUGGUGCUGCUUGGCAAUUGGUUUGACAAUUUCAGUAAUGGUAUUUGUUGGGGAAGUAGUUAUUUGUCUUAAAUGAUUUACAAUAAA